GUUAAACUAAACUUACCCUAGUCUUAGAGGCGAAAAACAAAACUUCACUCCAUCAGUCUCUUUUCCAGACUCAGGCAGGAGGAACACAUGGCGGCGACGGAGACCAGCUUAAGCCCGGCGGUGGAGUCGGUGGUGCCGGCUUGUAUGUUCGCACCUGGCCCGAGCUGCGCGGAGGAUUUACCCGGCGCUGAGUGCAGCGACGCCGGCGACAAUCAGAACGGGGAAGCCGAGGAUCAUUUAGACCUCACCAGCAAGUUUGCACUGGUCAGCCCUACAGGAGAGCAGUAUGACUGUUUACAAAAGCAGCUGCGAGAACGAAUAGAGGAAGGAUGCGGAGAAACCAUCUAUGUAGUUGGGAUGGGAACAGACGGCGGUGAUUAUGGUCUGGAUGAGCAGGAUAUGGAAGCAUCUGUCGCUACAGUGCAAUCACUCUGUGAACAGGUUGACUCCGACCUGAUUCUGCUGCGAGAGAGGACAGAGGCAGCAGGAUGUGUCCGCGAUUAUCUCAUCCGGCGCCGUGUCGGAGAGGCUGACUUCCUAGAAGUCAGAGUUGCGGUUGUAGGUAACGUAGAUGCUGGUAAAAGCACACUCUUGGGUGUCCUAACUCACGGCGAACUCGACAACGGUCGCGGCUUCGCCCGCCAGAAGCUGUUCCGCCACAAACAUGAGAUGGAGAGCGGCCGGACCAGCAGUGUUGGCAAUGACAUCCUGGGUUUUGACCAGGAAGGGCAUGUGGUCAACAAACCAGACAGCCAUGGGGGCAGCCUGGACUGGACCAAAAUCUGCGAGAGGUCAUCAAAGGUCAUCACUUUCAUCGACUUGGCGGGCCACGAGAAGUACCUGAAGACCACCGUGUUUGGCAUGACUGGCCACCUACCGGAUUUCUGCAUGCUAAUGGUGGGAAGUAACGCGGGAAUCGUUGGCAUGACUAAAGAGCACCUCGGUCUCGCUCUGGCCCUCAACGUUCCUGUUUUUGUAGUUGUAACUAAGAUAGACAUGUGUCCAGCUAACAUCUUACAAGAGACGCUUAAGUUAUUACAGAGGUUACUUAAGUCUCCAGGAUGCAGAAAAAUUCCAGUUUUGGUGCAAAACAAGGAUGACGUCAUUGUUACGGCCUCUAACUUCAGCUCAGAAAGGAUGUGUCCGAUUUUCCAGAUUUCCAAUGUGACGGGUGAAAACAUGGACUUGUUGAAAAUGUUCCUGAACCUGCUGUCUCCCAGAACGAUAUUUAAAGACGACGAGCCGCCAGAGUUUCAGAUUGAUGACACAUAUUCAGUGCCGGGUGUAGGUACUGUAGUAUCAGGGACUACUUUACGUGGAUUGAUACGGCUGAACGACACGCUGCUCCUCGGUCCAGAUCCUCUAGGCGUUUUCAUCCCUAUCAUCGUCAAAUCCAUUCACCGCAAGCGCAUGCCUGUUAAAGAAGUGCGCGGUGGGCAGACGGCCUCGUUCGCCCUGAAGAAGAUCAAGCGCUCAUCGAUCAGGAAGGGAAUGGUGAUGGUGUCGCCACGCCUCAACCCACAGGCAUGCUGGGAGUUUGAGGCAGAGAUUCUCGUACUACACCAUCCGACGACGAUAUCCCCAAGAUACCAGGCUAUGGUUCACUGUGGCAGUAUCAGACAGACGGCCACCAUCCUCAGUAUGAACAAAGAAUGUUUACGGACGGGGGACAAAGCCACCGUACACUUCCGUUUCAUCAAGACCCCCGAGUACUUUCACACGGACCAGAGACUGGUCUUCAGAGAGGGCAGGACCAAGGCCGUGGGUACCAUCACUAAGCUGCUUCAAAGCAAGCCUCAGGCCAAGAUGCAGUCUACCAAGAAACCCUCGUCACAGGUGGAAGGCUCUUCAUCAGCCAGCGAGGAAACCACACAGAUGGGAGGAAGCCCUCAAAUGGGACAACCGUUGAAGUCUGGUGGAAGUGGGCGCCGGCGUGGAGGCAAAUGGCACAAAGCCAAAUCAGCACUGAGCAGCACUGGAACCACUCCUUCAGCAGCUGGAGUGGGCGGCAACUGAGCCUCCUCCAUCACUACUGGUCAGCUGCCUUUAAUGUUUCAAGUGAACACCAGAGGGCAGUAAAGCCUUUUCUCUCUCUCUCUCGCUUUCUUUUUCUUCUUUUUUUUCCCUCACUAAACCGGACUGAGCUAUUUCUCCCUAAUUAGAAAUGUUCAUCUCCGCUGACACAAUCGUGCCAAAACCCUGACUGACAAGCAGCUGUUGUGUUCCUCGUCCACCCUUAUCAAACCCUUUUACUUAAUAUUCUGUCAGCCGUUGGAGUCUCGACAUCUUGUAAUAAACACCCCGAAAUCCUGGAUUUUGUAGCCGCAAUGUUUCCCCGAGGACCCAAUUAAGGAGCCUACGACUGAAUCCCUGUUUGUGUUCAGCGAUUUUGCUUUUUUUUUUUUUUUUAUGUCAUUUUCCUCCUCCAAUUGAAUUUGGCAAAUGCUAACGCAGAUGAAAGGGAGAAAUCUGUUCUGCUUGUCAAUCUCUCAUGCCCCCUCAUCCUCUUCUGAUUUUAAUGAGCGUCGUAGCUGCCGAGACGCACAAAACCACGGCAGAUAAAACCGGUCACAAAUCAGGUGGCUUCCCGGUCUCCCGUGAUGCUUUUUCAUUUCGUGACCCAGCAUCACUUUCAAAGGAUCUCACCUUUUCAUCGGAGCAAUGUUGUUGUUUUUUGCGUAGGACGGGAAGCUAACUGAGAUGACAUGGCAUUUAGUUCGGAUUUCUGUUGCCACUUUCUCAUUACAAUUAUUUCUCUCUCUACGCUUAUUUAUUCUUAACUGUUUUUAAUUCGAUUUUCCUGUGCAAGACACCCUUGAGCCAAUGAAAACCAGUGUAGACCUUGAAUAAAUUCAAGUAAAAUGAUUAAUUCACCCAAAAAUGACAAUCCGGAUUUAUCCACCAUUUCAAACCAGUGUGAUUUUGAGUUGCUUUUUUCUAUGAAAUUGCAAUAAGGUGAACCAAUCCUUCAAAUAUGAACCUAAAUUUAAGACAUUGCACCUAUGAAGCUGUAAUAUAUAUUCACACGAUGCCUGUUUGGGAUUGCAUUCGAUAUGCAAUUCGUCAAGGAAAGCUGUGGUGAAACGCUGUAAAGGUCUCAAAGUGCCGUGGUAAAAAGGCAGAAAGAUCAACGAUUAGCCGUGAAGUGGAGAAUUUAAAGUCUAUUAUAUGCUGUAAUACUAAUCCAGACCAACAGAGUUCAACAUAAGAGUCAUCCAACCUUGUCUAUCAAGAUGUGCUUUCAUAAUUUCCAUUGCAGUUUUAAAAUGAAAUGGAAAAGUGCAUACAGAAUAGCUUUCAUUCACAUAGUGUUCAUGAGCCCAAUGUGUGGCAUUCACCCAAAGCAUCGUUCAAGGCAGUUCUGGUUCUUGGGUUGAUAUUUGUCUUUUGAAUCAAAUAAAGGGUGAACCACAAAGUCUGUUCUAUCAGGGAGAUCUUUAGACAUUGAUUUUAUUUUUAUGCGAGGCAGCCAAUCUCCAAAUCUCCAAAUUUGUUUUGUGUUUUUUUUUUUUACACGUGCACACAAUCUCUAAGCUCUGUCUGAAUAGUUUACAAAGACCACAUGCAAGCCCUUAAGUUAUGCAAAAUACAUUUUUAAUACUUUAUCUUCAGGAACCCGAAGUAUAAUAUUAAAAAAAUUCUUCUUCCUCUAGGGCUGGUAUGUGAUUUAGAUUUUUAGACAAAAAUGCAAGACAUUUAGUUUUAGAGCAUUCAGUGGUUAUGACUUUUAUUCAGGCAUUUUCUUUUUGAUUCAGCCCCUGUUAGUGCACAAUUUAAUGUUUUUUUGCAUUAAAAAUGUAUGUUCAUUAUGUACAAAUAAAGAAAAAUAUAUAUAAAGAAUGUGUUGUUAAUACAAAUCCCUUGUUAAUGUACUUAUCACAGUGGCUUUUCCUGUAAUUUGACAAAACAAAUCUAAAGAUUUUACUUUAAUUGCCUUUGAUAUGUACUAUUGUGGCUGUAGUUUGUCUAAUGUGAAAAAGAUCUUCCCCUGAGGAGCUAUUAAACUGAAUUAUGUGUAACCAUUUGGUUUAUUCACCCUCAGACACUCAUUUCUAAUUUGUUGUACACUCUACUCUGCGAUAUGCCGAACAAAUAUGCAAUAAAAGUAUCAAAUUA